CAAACAACACGGUGGUCGGCAAAGGUAUCUGCGUAUCUAAACUAUUAUCAAAAUUGCAGUUGACAACUGUGACUGAUGACUAAACGGAGCUAAAAAGAACAGAGUUUAAAAUGAAUUUUAACAGACUAGCUACAUUUAAUUCCUCAAAAAAAGAUUUUGGAGACAAUGUGUCUUUACUAAAACUAUCACUAGGAGGAUUUGCUUAUGACGAAAAAAAAGUUGUAGUAAAAUGUGAACACUGUGGCAAGGCUCUCUCUUUAGAAAACUUAACAUUUGAUUCAAAUCCAUCAAAUGCAGAAUAUCAUGCUAGCCAGUGUCCUAUGAUUUCUGUAACUGCUGAUGAAGAAUUUGGCUCAGAAAGUGAGGAUCAGCCAAUGGUCCCAAGUGUAUCUUACUUGGGUGCAUUACAAUCUUUUAGUAAUGCUUCUGAAGAACAAAAAGUUAGACCAAGGCCAUGUGAACAUGUUUCCUAUGGAGCAAUUGCAAAUCUUACUGAAGCUAAUACAAGGGCAAAUCCUACAAAUUCUAUAACAGAAAUGCCUUCACAAGCAGACAUUCCAAAGGCUUCUGUGUCAUACUGCUACAAGGCUUGUUCACUAGGAAAAUCUCCAUCUUGUGCGGUUUUCAAAACAAACGUAUCUCGUCUGUUCACUUUUCCUUCCCAUAAUCCUAACUGGCUUUCCACACCAGAGCACUUAGCAAGUGCUGGAUUUUUCUGUACAGAGGACCCUGAUCACUUGCAAUGCUUCCAAUGUGGCCUUGAAAUUGAGAGAAAGAACAAUGAUGCUAAUAUUGUGGCAGUGCAUGAUCAGCAUCGACCUCAAUGCCGUUUAAGUAGAAAAAGCCAGGCCAAUAAUUUAAAUGCUAUUCAAGAAGCAGCUUGUGGUCAUCAUCAAGCAUUCCAUGUAAAUACAACCAACUUUUCCGAGCAUCCAUGUAGAGUUGCAAGUUUUCUUCCUAUGUCCUGCCCUCAACACUUGAAGACAAUAUCAAACAACUUGGCUAGUCAAGGAGUGUUUUGGACUGGAAGAGAGAAUAUUGUCUAUUGUUUUUGCUGCAAAGCUUCUUGGAGUCAAGAUCCUUCUGAUGAUCCAGAUGCUAUUCACAGACAACAGCAACCGAAUUGUCCUUGUCUUAGAAAUAAUGAUUAGUCAAAGAGAACAGUAAGGCAUGGAGCAAAGCAAUCAAAUUAUUUCUGGUGCUUGAUUUGGAUGUUUCAAACAGUAUUUUAACAUUUAGUUUUAAGUAGAAGAAAAACAAACAAUUCUGUAACUUAAGUCUAGAUCUCAUAAUCUUCUCAAAGCCCUAGAACUUUUCAAAAGUUUUGUCUUAUCAGUGUUUCAAAUUGUUUGUAAAGUUACAGAGAUUUUUUUUCACCACAUGUAGCCCUAAUAGUAUAAGCUCAAAUCAACCUACCUGAAAAAAAAAAAGGUUAAGUAUGUUACACUCAUAGCCCUAAUAUGCAUUUUCAAACUUUAAUAAGUGCACUUAACUUCAAACUUUAAUAAGUGCACUUACCUUCAAACUUUAAUAAGUGCACUUACCUAUAGGGCUGCAUGCUAAUGUUGUGAUAUAUAUUGUACAUACAAAUAACUUGAACCAACUCCAAAGAUAUGUUCUUUAUAAGUUUAGUCACUAAAAUGCGAAGCGUGCAAGUCUUUGAACAGUAGCUCUAUUCUUUAUAAUCUCUUUUUUUUUUAUAUCAAAAUUCAUCAAAAAUGUCUCUAAGUUUUUGUCAUUAAUAUUUAGGAGAUUGGUUGGGGUACGGGUACAAUAAAAACUAUAUAAUAUACUUUCUUUCAUUUAAGACCUCGAUGCCUUAACCAUUAUUUUUUUACAAGUCUGAAGCUAAAAAACAAAGUUAAAAUUAAUAGUGAAAAUUGCUUACCGAUGUAUACUUACUUUUACAUAUCUUUUUACAGAAUUUAGAAACAUUAUUCACAAUAUAAAGUUUUCAAGCACUUACAAUCUUUCUCAAGAGUGCUUGUUAGAUUCUUCUUCUUCUUCAUCGUUCUCAUUGUUAUGUUGGAGUGUUCAUAUGACUAGACCAAUACAUGAGAUGAACUGCGCAGUGGUUUCCGAAUCAGGGAGCUCUCCAUAUAGUUUUCUUUCUAUUGGGGUGAUUUGGGGCCAAUGUCUUAUACGGGCCUCUUGGUAGAGAGAGCAGUUUUGGAGGACGUGGUCGGCAUUUUCUGGUGAUACUCCACAUGGGCAGUUUUCACUGGUUCCAAUUUUGAGCUUCCGGAACAUGUGUUGUCGCAUUCUGUUGUGUUCGGUCCUGAGUCGAAAGAUUAGACGUUGGUCUUGUCGGGAUAGCUUAUAGUAAGCAUCAUCUUUCUUGUGAUUUGGAUGGGAGCUCGUCCUUUUCUCAUUUAUUUUAUCUACAAUUAAUUUCUUCAUUUCUUCUGGAUAGAAUGCAGAGUUUACUUGUGAGUUUGUUCUCCCACUCUUGGCUUGUUAGAUAAGUCUUUGGAUCUCUUCAAAGUUUGUCCUGCCCAAAGUUAUCUUCUGACCAUGACUCUCAGCAAGUGUGUUGUUGCAGAGGCAUGUCUGAAGUCAGUCUCUAGCCAAUGUGUUCAAAUAAUUUUAGAAAAGUCAUCACCACUUGUGCUGAUCAUUUUCUUUUUACUCAUCUAUGACCAUUUUAGAUCUUGUCUCUUCUCUGCAGUCUUUUCUGGUUGUAACUAUGUAGUUUGCAUGUUCUAGCUUGAUAUCAGUUUAUUACAUUGUUUGGGACCAUUUUCAAUCCAAUAAUGGCACCCUGCAGUUUUCACAUCAGCUUGGUUAUGUAAUGAUUCUCAUGUGUUCAAAGCUCAUGCUAAAGUUUUCAUUCAAGAAGCCACAUCAAAAUGAUUCUCACUUCUGACAUUUAUUGUUUCUAACACUCCACACUAGAAUCAGAUCGGCAGCUUGAUUUUUAAUACACAAGUCUCUUCCAUUCCCAAAUUAAAACCCCUCCUUUAUGCUUGCCCUUCAUGCUGUCCCUUUCUUUUGUGGUAUGAUUUAUAUAUGAAAGUGAUUAAACUCUCAUUUUUAAAUAAGUACUUAAAAAAAUAUUUCUUAUUUUAACAUAUCAAGAAUGUAUCAUUGAGCCAUCGAAACUGCUGUUAUAGGAUAGCUUGUCCAAAGACAAAACAGUUCUGUUACCUUAUGAUCUUUAUCUGUAUGACCUUUCUAAAUGGCUUUUUAAAAUUGAUGUUAUUUUAUACUAAUGGAGUUCUGGAUGUCUGUUGAUAAACUGAAAGCUGUGAUUAUAGAUGACUGAUGACUUGUUUGAAAAUUGUUUACUUGUUUCUGGAAUGAAUCUAUUUUAUUGUACAUAUUUGUUAGGAAUUGUAAAUAUGUUGACAUUGUAAAGAUACAUUUUAAUUUAUUUAGUUCUUUUUUUUUAUUGAAGAUACAUCCCUAGUUUGUCAGUCCUAUGAGAUAUUAUGUCUCACAAAUACUUACAUUCCUUUUGAGUAAAUUAGCCCCUGCACAAUUUUUGGAAUAACAAAAUACAAACAUUAAAUUCCAUUUUAUCAUAUAAGCCUACAGCAUAAUUUGUUAAACAUUCUUUGAAAGAAAACUAAAACUGAUACAUCCCAAGAUGAUUUAAUUCUAACUUGUAUGACUAGAGAUAUGUUGCAAUGUAUGUAGAACUAGUUGAUGAAUAGUAUUUAAUUGUAACUAGUAUGGCUAGAGAUAUGUUGCAAUGUAUGUAGAACUAGUUGAUGAAUAGUAUUUAAUUGUAACUAGUAUGGCUAGAGAUAUGUUGCAAUGUAUGUAGAACUAGUUGAUGAAUAGUAUUUAAUUGUAACUAGUAUGGCUAGAGAUAUGUUGCAAUGUAUGUAGAACUAGCUGAAGAAUAGUAUUGAUGUUUUUCAUUUGCUAGUAAAAGGAAGACACACAGUUAUUAUCUGUUUUCAUAUGGUUGUAAAUUCCACUGUGCAUUAUGGUUGGACCCAGAUCUAGAUAUCAGGCUUAUGCUUGCGUCCAUGUCUUUUUGACAUCUUAUUUAAUUAAUCCAGUGUUUUGAUAUUAGUUUAUUGUGGAAUUGUUUUAAAAAUCAUAUUGCAACAACGACUGUGCAUUUAUUCUUGCCUUAACUGAAUGGGCAGUAUAUUGUUGGACCAGUUGACUGCUGUUGUUAAACAAAUUUUUAGAAUUGAAAUAAAAGAACAUAAGUAUGUGUGAUAUGAGAAAUAGCUUUAAUGUUACAUGUGUUAGAUGGCUGUGAUUUUAUUUGCAUUAAUUUGUUGAUAUUAAUAUUAAUUCUGUUUUUGUAUCUGUCCUCAAAAAUCAUUGUGCAAUCUUUUUUUUUUUGUUGUAUUAGAGAUAAUAAUAUAUGCAUAAUAUAUAAUUUUUAUUAUCUUUUAGAAGGAACAUCUGUAAUUUAUUAGAUCAAACUAAAAAUAAUUUAUUUUGAAAAUAGAAAAUAAUAAUUUUUUUUUAAGAAUCUUUUUGACAUUAUUUUAAGAAAGCCUAUUUUUUUUGUUAGCAUGUCUUACAAACAAUGAAAUUAGUGUAUCAAAUGUAACGUUAGUAAGGGGAAAGCAGAAUCCAAGAUAACUGUUCAAAUUGUUUCACUCUGAAAGUUUUCUGCCAUAGAGGAACCUUGAGAUAGAAGCUGGGGUGAAGAAUCAUAGCUUCAUUCAUGACAUCUGGGAGAAAUCUUCCCGCAGGUUGUUCAUGACAUCUGGGAGAAAUCUUCCAGCAGGUUGUUCAUGACAUCUGGGAGAAAUCUUUCUGCAGGUUAUUCAUGACAUCUGGGAGAAAUCUUUCCGCAGGUUGUUCAUGACAUCUGGGAGAAAUCUUUCUGCAGGUAUUCAUGACAUCUGGGAGAAAUCUUUCCGCAGGUUGUUCAUGACAUCUGGGAGAAAUCCUCCCGCAGGUUGUUCAUGACAUCUGGGAGAAAUCCUCCCGCAGGUUGUAGGGUUUUAUGAUGUUAGAUCAAACCUUAAUGAUAGACUAAAAUAGGUCUCUAACUAUUACUGACCAGGACCACAGAAAUUGCAUAGGCAUUAUAAAAUUGAGCCUAAGUUUAUCGUGACCACAUAAGAAAAACAAAAAAAACUUUUUUAAAGAACAAUGCUUAUAUUUAGUGUAAUUGUAUCAAUUAGUAUGGAUCAGUCAUGUAUCUUUGGUUGACCUAGACAUACUAAAUCUGUGUGAUUAGAAAUAUUUGUACCAAUUGUUUUUGUUUAGCUAGGAUCCUAACACUUGUCUUAACCAGUUGUGAAAGAGAGAGGAAGAAGAAGGUAUCUUGGUGAAUGUUUACUCAGGACUCACAAUGUAUACCACCACAUCUAUCAAGUACAAUUUCUUUCACUUGUUCAGGAUACCAAACAAAAUAUUUAAUUACCAAUAGUUAAUUAAUCCAUUGGUUAAGUUUUUUAAAAAUUGAUUCUUGUGUUGUCAGGUAAAAUAAAUAAUUGUGCAUAAUUUCAGCUUAAUCCGAGAUUUUGUGUGGGAGAAAUAACGUGCAAAAAUUUUUUACCAUACACACAGACAGGAUGAGUUAAUAUAGGCUUUGUAAAAAGUCUUUCAAACCACACUAGUUUGAUUUACUUAAAAAGGAAACUAACCUUGACUCAGUGUAUCAAUUAAUCUCAUUCAUUGAAAACUCCUUAUUUUUGUCUCACAUCCUUGACUAUACUUCAAGUAGUAGAAGUCAAAGUGAUAGCUGCACCAUCAAUGCUCCUAAGUGUAAAGAGAUUUUCCCCUUACAGUAUUAAAUAACUUAUCUUUCGAUUGUUAUACUUUUUGCAGUUAUUUUUGUAUUUUUCUAUUUUGAUAGUUAUUCAUGUACUCACUGACCAAUUUUAUGUUUGAGAAAAUGACAUUUUAUGUUAGUUUAAAAUGGCAGAAUGUACGGCACGAUAUAACUAAACAUUCACAUGGUGAAAUAAAUAAAUAUAAUCUAUUAAAAACUGAAUACAUUAUUCAGGUAAAU